GGCUCAACCAGCUGUUGGUAGCUUCGCCAAGCGCUGCUGCAGACUAUGGCAGAAGACAAGGCGGACAAAAAGGACAAGGAGGAGACCAAGGAUGAGAAGAAGGAUGGCGACAAGCCAAAGGAGGCCAAAAAGGACAGACGGGAUGUCGUGGUCCACCCGAUCGUUUUGCUCGGCGUAGUGGAUCACUACAACAGAGUUGCCAAGGGCACGACCAAGCGAGUGGUGGGCACUUUGCUUGGUGAGGUGUCGGACUUUAGCUUGCACAUAACGAACUGCUUCGCGGUGCCCUUCGAAGAGGACCCACGCGAUCCUCAGGUGUGGUUUCUUGAUCACAACUAUCACGAAGCCAUGUUUGCCAUGUUCAAGAAGGUGAACACCAAAGAGCGCAUAGUUGGAUGGUACUCAACUGGACCCAAGAUCAAGCCGUCGGAUCUCAGCAUCCACGAGCUCUAUCGACGGUACUGUCCAGAGCCUGUGCUAGUGGUCAUGGAUGUGCAGCCGAAGGAUCUCGAGCUGCCAAUGGAGGCAUAUUACUCCGUUCAGGAGCAGACCUCCGACGAGGUCUUCAAAAGAACCUUCCUGCAUGUGCAGUCAACGGUUGGAGCUUUUGAGGCCGAAGAGGUGGGCGUUGAGCACCUUCUUCGCGACAUCAAGAAUGCGUCAGCAUCGACUCUAGCGGUCCGCGUGGGUGACAAAAUUGGCGCGCUCAAGGGCCUGGCCAUGCGACUCCGAGAGAUCUCCCAAUACCUGUGCCAAGUGGUCGCUGGAAAGCUGCCCAUGAAUCAGGAGAUCAUCUACCAGCUACAGGAGAUCUUCAAUCUAAUGCCUGAUCAGGACUCAGAGGAGCUUGUCAGGUCGUUGGCGACAGAGACUAACGACAUGAUGCUAGCAUUGUACCUGGGCAGCAUGCUGCGCUCCACUGUGGCCCUGCACAACUUGAUCAACAACAAGAUGAAGAACAAGAAGGUGAAGGAAGCAGCCGGCACUCGCACACACACACACACACAUACAGACACACACGCUAACGCACACGCACACACACACGCACACCCACGCCCACGCCCACGCCCACGCACACACACACACACACACACACGCACACACACACACACCAACACACACCAACACACACACCAACACACACCACCACCACACCACCACCACACACCACCACCACACACCAACACCACACACCAACACCACACACCAACACCACACACCAACACCACACAACACCACACAACACCACACAACACCACACAACACCACACAACAGCACACAACAGCACACAACAGCACACAACAGCACACAACACCACACAACACCACACAACACCACACAACACCACACAACACCACACAACACCACACAACACCACACAACACCACACAACACCACACAACACCACACAACACCACACAACACCACACAACACCACACAGCACCACACAGCACCACACAGCACCACACAGCACCACACAGCACCACACAGCACCACACAGCACCACACAGCACCACACAGCACCACACAGCACCACACAGCACCACACAGCACCACACAGCACCACACAGCACCACACAGCACCACACAGCACCACACAGCACCACACAGCACCACACAGCACCACACAGCACCACACAGCACCACACAGCACCACACAGCACCACACAGCACCACACAGCACCACACAGCACCACACAGCACCACACAGCCCCACACAGCACCACACAGCACCACACAGCACCACACAGCCCCACACAGCGCCACACAGCGCCACACAGCGCCACACAGCGCCACACAGCGCCACACAGCACCACACAGCGCCACACAACACCACACAACGCCACACAACACCACACAACGCCACACAACACCACACAACACCACACAACGCCACACAACACCACACAACACCACACAACACCACACAACACCACACAACACCACACACCCACACCACACACCAACACCACACACCCACACCACACCAACACCACACACCCACACCACACAACACCACACACCAACACCACACAACACCACACAACACCGCACAACACCGCACAACACCGCACAACACCGCACAACACCGCACAACACCACACAACACCGCACAACACCACACACCACACAACACCACAAAACACCACACAACACCACACACCACCACACCACCACCGCACACCACCACACAACACCACACAACACCACACAACACCACACCACACCACACAACACCACACCACACCACACCACACCACACAACACCACACAACACCACACAACACCACACAACACCACACAACACCACACAACCCCACACAACGCCACACAACGCCAACACCACACAACACCACACAACACCACACAACACCACACAACACCACACAACACCACACAACACCACACAACACCACACAACACCACACAACACCACACAACACCACACAACACCACACAACACCACACAACCCCACACAACCCCACACAACACCACA